CAACUCAUCUCUCGUUGUAGUUCCCUCUUUCCCUGAGAUAACCUAAAAGCACAGAAAGCACAACUGUGCAAAGGAGCGGAGCUCGAAAGACGGAGGACGGCGGGGAUAUAUAGAUAGAGAGAGACUGAGAUUGUUUAUUCGAUUUAGACGAGGAGAAUUUGGAAGUUUUUAAAAAUGGCCGGUGGUACUCGAAAUUGUGAAGUCUGCAAAGAUGCAAUAUCCAAAUACAAGUGCCCCUCAUGUUUUGCUCCGUAUUGCUCUUUAACCUGUUACAAGAAACACAAAGAAACUCCAUGUUCAAAACAAGUAACUUCCAAUGCAGAAACUCCAUCUUCAAAUCAAGUAACUCCCGAUCAAAAACCAUAUCCGACAUUGCUUUCGAAAAGAUCUUUAGAAGUAGAGGAGCCAGAUUUGGUACUCCCCGAAACAAAGCUGCAGUCCAUAGUUUUGUGUAAUGAAAUUCGAGAUGCAUUGAAAGAUGAAAAACUUCGUCAGCUCAUAUACAAUAUUGAUUCCGCCACAAAUUCAGAGAAUGAACUUGAAAAUGCCAUGAAAAUGGAGGACUUUCACUUACUAAGUGAGAAGAUUUUAUCUGUUAUUGAGCGGUGAGGACAAGUCGGAUGGAACUCAGAGAUGGUAGCUAAUGAUCUUUAAAGCAACUGUCACAAUGAUGGUUAAGCACGUGAUCGAGGGGGAACCCAAGGAGAACAAGCUUUUAAAAGUGUAACUGGCGCCUAUAUCAUCCUUUAAAAUAUUUUGUAAAAUAUUUGGUUGUACCUAUAUUUGCUAUUUGAUCUGUUACUCUUGGCCAAAAAGAAACAAAAACAGAAAGGCAGCCCAGUAGGAAUCC